AUGCCUUCCCUUCUCUCUAUUCAAUCACUGAAACGAUACCUGCAAGGUAAACUACGGAGCAAAAGGAAGCCUGGAUCAGCCAAAGAGAAUGCACUACUCCAUACCUCGAGCCCCGAUACAGGAGGAAUAAGCACCACAAAAUCACCUCUGAGACUAUAUGCUCUCACUAUUGGAAUAGAUGAAUAUUCAUCUCUGAAAGCUCUGAAGGGAGCCGUCAGUGACGCAGACGACGUCUCCAACUUUCUGAUGGCUGACCUCGGCGUCCCCUCCGACCAUAUUGUCAAUCUCCGGAACGAACAUGCGACAAGGAAACGUAUUAUCGACGAGUUCCAGAACCUCUGGAGUAACCCCCACAUUAAUCGCGGUGACCCGAUUCUGAUUUACUACGCCGGGCAUGGUGGCCUAGCGGAAGCAAACCAAGAAUGGAAGGAGAGAUAUGGAGCGAAGAAGAUCCAAACCAAUUGCAUUCCCGACAAGACAAUUGCCCAAUUGCUCAACAAGCUUGCUGCUGAAAAAGGUGAUAACAUCAUCGUGAUAUUUGAUUCGUGUCACUCCGCCUCGGGUAAUCGUGAUGAGGCAUCACUGAAGCCGACAAAACGAGAUCGAAUGUACGAAGCGCGGAAGUCAGCACCAGAUCCAGCCGAUAUAGACGAUGAACUUAGAUAUGGUGUUGAGAAGCUGGAGCAUCAUAAGCCCUUAAUUCGAGAGGAAGUGGAGGUGGUGCUGUUCGCUGCCGCAAAGUGGAGAUGGUACCUUCAACACACGAACCUCGACCAGGAUGAGAACCUGGAGAUGAGCAUGGUGAAAGUCGCGACCAGGGAAGGAGACAGGGCCCGUCGGAAGUAUCUCAAAGAGCCCGAACAUGUACAUGCUGAAGCCAGCGUAGUCGAACUAGUGGUAGAUCCCACCUCCUUGCAUGGACUCAAGCUUCACAACAACAUCAAUUUGCCGCUCUAUGUCAGGAUGUUCUACUUCGACCCAGCCGAUUUUUCUAUCGGGGACAUGUUCGGGCAGAAUGUAGCAAAUGGUGAAGGCGCGCCAAAUCUUGCUCCUGGAGGUCAGCUAGUGAUCGGCGACGGAGCCGACGGGGGAGCCCCUGUAAAAUUCAACAUAUCCUCGAGCGGUCAGGUGGAAGUUGGAUAUAUGAAGGUGUUUUGGUCCACAGAGCCUCUGGAACUGGAUCACGUCAAGCAAAAAUCGGCAUUUGAGCUGAAGCCUGUAAAUCGCAAAAACAAUAGCCCCGCAUAUUCCUAUCCUGUCGAUAGCGAGCAAACCACUUUUGGCCGGAAUGAUGACUGCGAUAUCAGACUGCUUUAUGGUUGGGUUUCUGGACUUCACUGCAAACUAUUCUUCCAAAAUGCCAAGGCUUUUCUCUCUGUUUACGGUCUCAAUGGCGUCAUUGUUGAUGGGUCCCAUAUUGGGCGAAACCCCGACGCCGAUGGCGAGUCGUCUGAGACGACUAUACCAAUCAUGAACAACUCCCAGAUUGAAAUUUAUCGAAAACGUUUCAUCUUCGAGUACCCUUCCAAGGAACUUCGUAUCAAAGCUAUGGCGGAACCGAUGACCGUCAAGCCCAAACGUACUCUCAGGCUGUCUAUGAUACAGUCUGCCCAAGUGUUCACCCCAUCGAAGCCUACCGCCGAUGCAUCCACUCCCAAGUCACACCGCCGCCGACGCUCAGAAACCUUGGCUGAACAACUCCAAAGUCCAAUCAAACCUUUCUCCCCUGCACGCCCUGCUCCAUCCGCUAAUAUGGGUCAUGAAACUCUGAGCGUCGCUGACGAAGAGCGCGAGGUCACGCUAGUCGGACCUGGAGGUGCUCAAAGCGUGGUUGUCUUGGAAGAAGAGAAGGAUUUGGUUGUAGUAGAGGCGAUUGGGGAAGAGUCAGAUGAAGAGGACCUCUCAGAUGAUGAGGAAAUUAUUAGGGACAAAGAAAAUGCAAAUCCCUUUGACCUGGGGCGCUCUCCUGCCUCACAACAUGACAAGGCUUCCUCAUCUGCGUCUCCGGCGCCGGCUGUUCAGCGCUCGCUUUCCGCUAAUACUCCGAGCUCAUCCUACGCGCCAAAACGACCGAAUCUUCAGCGAAGCGCCGCCUCCGCUCCCGCACCUUCAUCCUCCCCAGCUUCGAACAACACCUCUCAACCUGCUCGCACACCCGCUCGCAAGGCUCGUUUCUCCUUACACAAAGCUGUUCUGCUCCGUUCUGCUCAGCGUCAACUAGUGGAGCGUGAACGGUUGAAUCAAUUCCAGGCACGCGAGGCCCCAAUCUUUGACGAAGAUGCCGAUAUUGACAUGGAUGAUAUCGAGCCCGAAUUUGCCGAGGAACCAGAGUCGGAUCUCAACCUCAUGGUCGGUGAUGCUAACGUCGAUGUACGCCUUGCGUCGGAUGUCGAUCACUUGACUGUGCAGGACCCGGAUGCCGAUGAAGAAGACGCUGUCGAAUCCGUUGUUUCCCCCCUUCGAUCAGGAGCUCAUCCCGCCAAUGGCUCCUUCAGCGACGACUCUGAACACUCUUUCAACCAAGCUGCUGAUCAAUCUGAAGGCGAUAUCUCGGUCGAAAGUGACAUUUCUGAAAUAAACCAGGGUCAAGAGCAAGAGUCUACUCCCAUUGGAUCGCGUAUCCGAGAAUCUCUUUCCGUCCUGGGCAACUUAUUGCCCAACUUGCUUAAAACUCCCUCUGACAGUGCUUCAACUGAGGACUCGGAAGAGGUUGACAUUGUUGAUCAACGGAGAAAUGCUCCCAGGGUGAAGGUCGAACCCUCAGAAGAGGAGCCACCACUUCAUUUCAGUGAUUCAGAGGACGAGGACGAAGAUGAAGGUGAAGACCAAGGCCAAGUUUCACCUUCCGAUCGUAUCCAAACACCCGUUGACGACGACUCGAACCCGGUUCAUAACGGGGAGCCCGCAGGAGCUACCAUAAAGCUUGAGGAGACCCCCACCCAACCUCGUCGUCUUAAUGCCUUCAUGACCCCUCAGGUCUCUCGGCCGAACUUUGCCCGUGCCCCUGUCGGACGCAAGUCUGUUGCGCUUGGAGCUGAAUCUGGAGAAGUCAAUGAUCUUAACUGGCUGCCUAGCCGAGUCCCAGUGGUCAAGGCAGAGGCUGAUAGCGAAGAGGAAGAGGAUCACGAUAUGCUAGAAGACCCGAUUGUCGAAGAUGAACCGGUUCUCUCGGACUUGAAACAUAUACCUGAAUUGGAUGCCGAGGAAAAGGCCGCACGCCGUCAAUCCGCACUUGCUGUUCUAGCAGCUGGACCCCGUCAACUACCCACUCGCCGCCAAUCUGUUGCCCCCCACCUCGCUAUAUCUGAGCCCCUCGACCCUAAUGACCGCCGCACGACCCUGGCUGGCGAUGCACUCGGAGCUCCUGUCGGAACGCCCCAACAUGCCUCGACCCUCGCUAAAGCUUCGGAUUACCAAGUUGCGAUUGACAUUGAUUAUAUGCGUCGUCAGAGCAUGAGUCGUGCAUCUCGCGAAGAAAAGCCGAUCGGUCCGUUGUUCGGAGAGGCUGUCACUGGGGAUAUAAAACUUGAGGACUCGGAGGAACUUGUUGCCGCGCUUGAACCAGACGAUAUCAAACAGGAACUCGAAGAGGCCGAGCAUGAACUCGAAGAACUGGAAGACGAAGCAGAAACCGAGGCUGAGUUGUCGGUUGAUGAAGAGGGCGAAGAGGUCACAGAUUCCGAGGACGGGUCCGAUCAUGACGGGUUUGACGACGAACAAAACGAUGUCCAGGAGCAAAGUGACACUGAAACAGAACAGAAGGCUUUCGACGAACACGUGGAAGAGGAGACUAUUCCGGAAGGCACCAAGGUGCCAGCUGUGUUGCCUGCUGCUGGCCCAUCGACGCCUGCGCUCAAGGGUAUCCGCUCCUUGUUCCGGGCCGAGGAAGUCAAAGGCCUUGGUACUCAAACCCCAGCUGGCCUGGAUGGCAUGGUUCAAUUGUUUGGGCCUGAAGCUGAACUCGAGGCAGAGCUACCUGCGCAGGAUAAACCCUCUCGUUUGCGAACCAACUACGACAUCCAAGGUUCCCGAGGUGGCCCGGACGCGUUCCGCCGACACCCGUGCAAAGACGGAUGUGACGGCAGCCAAGGGUGCCUCACUGUAUCCCGGAUCGCAUCUCGUACCUUGCGGGAACCGUCAAAAUUGCCUUCCCGCAUCAAGACGCCCACUGAAGAACCUGAGGCUCCGGCGCCUAAAGCUGCUACUCGCAAGGCCGUACCCGCUGCAACAGUUUCUGUCGUUCUUCCUCGUCGAGCCAAGGCUCCGAAAACCGAGGCAGAUGCGGAGGCCAAGGAUGAACCUGAAUCAACCGCAUCCAGACUCAAGGCCCCAACCAAACGGGUCACGCGAACUGCAUCAGGUGCAAGCCAUACCACGGACGAUACCAAGCCACUCACUCGUACCGCUUCAUCUAUGAGCAUUGACGAUAAGCCCGCCACGCGGAGAGGGCGAGCGGCCGCGGCUGCUCCCGCCAUCGAGGAAGAGGCCAAGCCCGCUACUCGUACCACUCGGGCUAAAGCAGCAGCCCCGACGCGUCGCAAAGACGCCACUUCUUCGGCGCGCCCCACUACCCCUACAACCGAAGCAGGUGAUGACAAGGAUCCAAUGGAUACCAUUCCUUUGCCAGAGUCUCCCACAAAGCGCUCCACAAGAGCCAAGGUGACAACAGUCAAAGUCGAACCGGAUGACGAUGAGUCUAUCCCAGCUACCCGCAGCCGUACACGGACAACGGAGUCGGAUACUUCCAAGGAUAAGCGUACCACCACCAAGCGAGUCGCAUCUAAAGAUGUCGACGAAAACAAGGAAAAUGCUGCGGUGGAUGUGCCAGAGGCCGAGACCGAGACCAAGGUCAAAGCUAGUGGAUUGCCUACCAAGACGACUCGGAAGGUGUCCGCGACAGUCAGCAAACUUCCAGCCCCAACCAAAACCGCAUCCAAGACCGAGCCCGCCACCACCUCCGCCACUACUCGUGCCCUGCGCACCCGAGCCCGCAAGUAA